UACAUGUACUGCACUGUAUACUGCCGCGAAAGUUGGUAGACUUAUGUCGUAUCCAGGUGAAUCAGUUAGCCAUGACAUGAAUGCAUUUCGUGACAUCCUCAAGCGUUCCAGCAACAUCGUUGUCCUUUCUGGUGCUGGGAUCAGUGCAGAAAGCGGCGUACCAACAUUUCGUGGCGCAGGGGGCCUAUGGAGGCGUUGGCAGGCACAGGAACUUGCCACUCCCGAAUCGUUCAGCAAGAAUCCAUCACUUGUUUGGGAAUUCUACAACUACAGACGAGAUGUAAUGCGGACGAAACAUCCGAACAAAGCACAUGAAGCGAUUUCUCAGUUGGAGAGAGACUUUGAAAAGGAAGGAAAGGGAAGAAAAGUCACCAUCAUCACUCAGAAUAUUGAUAGGCUUCACCAUAGAGCAAAUUCUAAAUGCGUUCUGGAGCUCCAUGAUGAGUAUUGAUGGUUGUUUGUUUGCGUUGUCCACUAUCAAACAAUACGUUUUGUAGGUUAGUGGAGCCUAGUGAAAAUCUUGUUUUCUUGUAUACAUGCAUCUUCUGUCUCUUUCUGCCAUUUAGUCUGUCCGUUUAUCUAUCUUUUCUUUGAAUGGUGACACAGCAAAAUGUGCUGCAGUAGAACCAGGAUAUGCAGGCAAGAAAAUGAAGACAAGAACUAUACUAAUCAGCAUGCAGCUAUGCGCAUGCAAGCAGAUAUGAGUGUGUAUACAGAGAUGCAAUGCAAGAGUGAUCAGUGGAAAGUGUCUAAGUUAAAUUGACUCAUCAACAAUGUAAAGUAGAGGACUUCUUAUACGACUGAAACAUUAAUUAAGCUUAUUACGCUAAUUGAUUUAGAAAUUCUAGCUUUGUUACCGUCUUGCGACUAGAUCAUGUAAUAGUUUGUAUUGAAGAAUAAAUAAUCUGUCUGCCUAUCUGUCUGUCUGUCUGUCUGUCUGUCAAAUACAUAUAUUUUUUAAAUCCAAAGAAAUUUCUAUCAAGAGCUUAAAAGCUAGUCUCUAAGUAAAGUUCCUCUAAAUCAACAACAAACACUUUGUCUGUCUGUCUGUCUGUCUGUCUGUCUGUCUGUCUGUCGUCUGCUUGUUUUUGUGUAAUGUGCUAUUGUUGUCCAAUAUUAUUUCUGAACCAAUGCUUAAGUUUUGGCUGCUCCUCGGUCUCUUUGUCUAUCUCUGUUGUUUGGUUGUUCUUUGUGUGCCUUGGUAGUGUAUUCAAGAUUGUUUCUUGUAGCACCCUAGCUUCAUCUGCGCCAAUCAGUGUCCAGUAUUCGCUUACAAUAAUGACAUAUCCCACUUCCGCUACAUGUUGACUGGUCAAUAAAUCGGGCCGUAUAACUGCCUGGGGCUACUGGUUUAGCAAGAUGUGAAUUGUUUGUGAACAUAACAAUUAGGCUACUGAAACAUAUCUGUCAGCCAGAACAGACAAUACGUGGGUCUACCGAUGUGUACGGAAAUCAUAAUGAGUUCUUUCAUGCUUGUAGCAAGUGCAGACCUGAGCAAACUAAACUGAGAGUCGUCCUUCUGGAAAAAAUUAACCGUGGUUAGGCGUCCAGCUAUAGAAAGAUACUCGCGUGCACAGAACGCUGUAAACCAGCUGCAUGGUAGAAGGUGGAUACAGCUUUCCAUCUUGCCUCCGAACUUCAUGCACAAACCUUGCAAGCCAGUAGUUCAUUUCUCUGUUGUUCGUAACAUGCAGAUCAUGCACGUACAUGUACCGCCCGAGCACUCCCUCUUCAGUUGGCUGCUUGUUUCUCCAUUUCUUCCAUGCGUUGAGCACUCUAACUGCGCACAUGCAGUAGCUUUUGUGGGGUUAGGGGGAACACGCAAAUCAAGAAACUUCUGAAAACUACUGGAUGAAAUUGGAAACGAGAUUCAGAAGACUGCUGAUCAGAAACAACAUCAACGUCUAGCAGUUUACUAGCUUCCAAAAAAUCAAUAACUGGCAAUUCUGCUGUUUCAAAGCCCAAGUCGAUUUCAGAACAUUUUGCUACGCAACUGAUUUGAACUUCCACGCCUAGAGGAUAUCAACGUCUCAGCUGGGUGCUACAAGCCGGUUAUAGACCUUCUGGCAAGUGUAUAAACGAAUACUCCCCGCUCCGUCAACUCGUGGGCGGAGCGGGGUGUAUUUCGUUUAUGCACUCGCCAGCGGUCUAUAACCUAUACUUAUUUGUAAUAAUUAGGGUUUUGCUUUGAAUUCUAGAUAGAUCGGUGUUAGUAUUUCAUUGAAAGUUUUGUACCAC